AUGUCCCUGGCAAACAUGUGGAAAGAUGAUAUUAUGCGGAAAUAUUGUGAUCAAGAUUAUUAUUUAUGUUGUCUACAUAUUAUUUUCUGUCUCUAUCUACAUAUACAUGCAUCUCUAUGUACAUCCAUCGCUAUAUACAUUUAUCUAUAUCUAUAUCUAGCUAUAUUGUUAUCUAUAUCUACAUAUAUCUCUCUAUCUACUUUUAUUAUUGCUAUCUCUUUAUUAUUUCUUAAUAAAAUCUUCAUGGAACAACAAAUACUAGCUUUCAUGAUUCUAUCUAUCUAUCUAUCUAUCUAUCUAUCUAUCUAUCUAUCUAUCUAUCAACAGACACACAUACAUCUAUCUAUCUAUCUUAAUUUAUUCACUGCCAAGUCAAAAAAAGAAAAGAUGAACAUUCGUAUUUCCAUAAUUUCGGAUAUCUGUUUUCAUGUUCACAAUACUUAUAUCAAUUUUCUUUUAUUCCAAGUUGAACCUGAAUGCGAGAUAUAA